AUGACCCAAACGAAUAUCAUUUGUGAAUUGUUGCAUAAAUUAGCUUAUGCAUCCACAUGUUCUAAUACAUUGAUCUUGUGUGAAGAUUAUGAAAUAUCAACACAAGGUUUUGCACAAUUUAGAAAUGAUUUAAUUGAGGCAUUUUAUAAUUGUGAAGGAUUUAUAAAUAUCAAUGCAAAUCAACCUGAAAUAAUUGAUUUAGAAAGUAAUAACUUAUCAAAUGAAAUCAAUUCAUUUCCACUGUAUUCUAAGUGUAAUUCACAUUCUUCACCUCAACAACCUUCAUUUCAAAUGCCUACCAAAGACCAACUACAACAUAAUCCAUAUAUUAGAAACAAUUCCAAUAAUAAUGGAAACAAUAAUGUCCAAAGAAGAUAUAGACAAAGACAAAGAUCUAAUAAUAAUAACUUUGAAUUUAUUAAUUAUUCUAUUGAUAAUUAUGUUAAUGGUAACCAACAUUAA